UCCCAUAAGUCUGGUUUGUGUGGGCCACUAGAAUUCUCUUUGGAAAUGAUCUAGUGCCUUGCACAGGCUAGAUACAGGUGUAGAAGACAAAUUGCCUACCCGUUGAGAAUUAGUCUGAUAGACACUAUAAGAUAUGAACAAUGAUUAUUUUUAUUUAGAUUUUCUAAUGUCUGGCUAAAAGCUGCUUUGUUGUUAUUAUUGUUAAGUGUAUCACCAUUAUUUUAGAAGUAAUGUCUAGUUUGGGAUGGGGACUUCACUGAGACUCAAAUAAAUACUGCUGCUUAGAGAAGUAUAAAAAGUAACAUAAACGUGUGUGUGUGCGCGCGCGCGCGCGCACACACACACACACACACACACACACACACACACACAAGCUGAAAGAAGGAGCCGGAGACUAGAACAGCAGAGGAUCACAAUGGAAAGAUCAUGACAUCAGAAGAAGCAGGGAGCAGGGAGGUAACCUGGGCCUGGGAGAGUUUGGAGUUUGGGACAAUAUGGGUAACAGGCCUUGAGCCUUUUAUCUCUAUAAAAAAAUUGUCUUCUUUAAAAUAAGAUGCUGAUCUUUGGAGGUUUAUUGAUGAAAUGCUAGAUGAGGUGACUGACAAGUAGUAUUGAUUUUUGCCUCCUUGGUUUUAUCUUCCUCGGGAAGAUAGCUGCCUCCAAUGAUGCUGGUUGCCUCCACCAUGCUGACCUCUGGAGUGGCAAUUCCUCUUUGAAAAUCCUGGACCAUGCCUGACAGCUCUUUCCUUUGUGGUUUCUCCUAACACAACUGAAAUAGGGAAUCAUCAUCCAGGGACCUGCCAGAAACCACAAGAAAACAUGGGGAGGGUUUUCCUCACGGGAGAAAAAGCCAAUUCCGUGUUAAAACGCUACCGAAGAGCUAAUGGGUUUUUUGAAGAAAUAAGACAGGGCAACAUUGAGCGUGAAUGCAAAGAAGAACUCUGUACAUUUGAAGAAGCAAGAGAAGCUUUUGAAAAUAAUGAAAAAACUAAGGAGUUUUGGAGCACCUACACAAAAGCGCAACAAGGGGAGAGUAACCGAGGAAGUGACUGGUUUCAAUUUUACCUUACCUUUCCAUUAAUCUUUGGCCUCUUCAUUAUCCUCCUUGUCAUUUUCCUAAUCUGGAGAUGCUUCCUAAGAAACAAAACUCGUAGACAGACAGUGACUGAAGGCCACAUUCCUUUCCCUCAGCACCUUAAUAUUAUCACCCCACGCCCCCCACCAGAUGAAGUGUUUGAUAGCAGUGGAUUGUCUCCAGGCUUUCUGGGAUACGUAGUUGGGCGCUCAGAUUCCGUCUCUACUCGCCUGUCCAAUUGUGAUCCCCCACCAACCUAUGAGGAAGCCACUGGCCAGGUGAACCUGCGGAGGAGUGAAACAGAACCUCAUUUAGACCCACCCCCGGAGUAUGAGGACAUAGUCAACUCCAACUCAGCCAGUGCCAUUCCUAUGGUGCCUGUGGUCACCACCAUCAAAUGAAGCUACAAACCUCUUUUUACUCUAAUCAUUUUUAAAAUACUAAUGAAAGAAAUUUCUAGCACUUUACCACUACAUAAAUGUUCAUUGACAUAUUUUAUUGGACUCUUACAGCAUACCACUUCACACUUUCUGGUUUUAUUUUCUUUAGUUUUGCUUCUUGUUAUAGAAUCAUUAUCCAUACUCAUUUUUACUAGGGGAAGUAUAUGAAUAGGGAAAACAUACUAAUGGGGUCUUUCUGUGAUGUGAUGAGACAUACAUGUAAGUGUAUAUGUUUAUAAACAUAUACAUGUGUAUGCAUCAACACAGUAUAUGUAAAGCUGUCUUAAAAAUCCAUUAACUUCUACCUAACUCAUCUGGAAAGAGAGCAUUACUCACCAAAAUUGCAAAACAAGGUACCAAGAAUUUGUGUAAUAGCCAGUGACGUGCUGCAGAUUUUUGCAAACAGGAUGUACUUGGAAUGUUUUCCAAUUGUUACUGGCUUUUGUUAAUUUGAUAUUUCUCCAUCUACCUUAAAAAGAAAAAAAUUACACAUAGUCAUUCUUGAUGUUAUAAAUAUCUCAGAAAGAGAAAGAGUGUGUGUGAGCAAUAAUGCAUAAGCUAGUAAUAACUUGCUUACAGCAGAUAGCAAUAAGGUCAUUGGUGCCAUUUGGCUUGUUUUGUAAUAGGGAUUUAUUUUUUGGUUGACCACUCCCCUCACUUCAAAAACUAAACAGCAUUUUCUUAGCAUCUUGAAUAUCUCCUGCAGUGUAUAUUAACAUUUUGAUGAGACAGAUUUCCUGGCAAUGAAAUAACUUCUAAAAUGGUUAUAUGUGUGGAUUAAUGACAGGGAAUAGAUACCCAUUACUCCUUUACUCAUGGGUGGUAAUAAUCUUCUCACUGUUUUAUUACCUUUUACUGUACAUUCUACAUUCUCUCCUGCCACAGAAUUUUCAAGCCCUUAUGAGUUUAGUUAAAAUUUUUGAAAUUAUUUUCUUAAUGUUUUUGUAUAGGCUGAUGUCUUUGCCUCAAGAUUGUUAGGAGGUAAUUUUCCAUUAGAUUAUGACUGUGAUUUUUAUAUUGCCCUCCAAUUGGUAGAAGAUUAUAAAGUCCGUGUUAUGCUAGGUGCACACUAAAUCUAGUAAUAGCCCCACACAGAUCUCAUCAUUGUUGCUACUUCCUUUUGUAUUUUCAUCGGGUAUUUUUUUAACUGCAGGGUUUUUACUCUUUUCUUGGAGCAGAGGGAACAGGCUGUAAAUGGAUUGCCAACAUAAGCUGGCUCAGAAAUAAAAGAAAACAAGAGAGUUGUUUCAUAAAGUUUCAUUUUGUAUGCACUGAUGGCAAAUUCAUUAGGUCAGUUCAAGGAAACAUUUGUACCACUUCCAAACCUUCUCAGGGUUGGAUAAAAUGAUUGAUGAGGCAGGCAGAAGGAAUGCAGGUUUCAGGUGUGUCAUUUCCUGCUGCUUCUAGCUCCAUCCCUAUGGACCCCUCCCCCAAUCCUGCCCUGGAACCUAAGGAAGGAGGAACACUGAGGGGAAUCUUGAAGUGGGAGUUAGAUGACCUGAAUUCAGAUCUCCCUCAAUCACAUACUUGCCAUCAACUGUACCUUGAACAAGAACCAUAUCUGACCCUUAACCUCCUCAACUCUAAAAUGGCGAUAAUAUCAUUUGUCCUGCACUUCUCUAAGGGCUUUACAAGGAUCAAAUGAGAUGGUGUGUACCUAAGAAAUUUGUAAAAUGUGAAGAGCUAUCUACACCAGGUUCGUAAUGUUGUCAUUGUGCUUCAAGGAAAAAUUUUCCCUCUGUUUUCCUAAAUUGUAUGAGAGCUUUCACACAGUGAGAAACAGAGCAGGCUGCCCCAUAAAUGGGUAACAUAUUCUUAAUCUGAGUGUGUGGGCUGUUAGAGAACCCCUGCCAUGCUCUGGUCUAUACUGAAACUGUGCCAACUGAAAGAUGAUAGCCCACACAGCACAAACAGGUUUAAGCAAAUGUUGGAAAGGGAACUAAGACAUUUGUGCUUAGGUAAUAGGCUUAGUAGCUUUCAUGGACUAAAAAUGAUUGAUUAUAUCUUCACCCUGGUCUCAGAAAUGACAUUUUUAGUUUUGCCAUGAGUACACAUGAAUAUUUGGCUUCUAUUUAAAGCUAAAGUAGGAAGUGUUUGAUCAAGUUAAUUGUGUAUGUAUAUGUGGGUUUUUUGUUUAUUUUUAAAUGAAAAUUAAGACACCUUUUGUGUGGACAUUUUUUGUCAUUAAUGUCAGGCUUUAGAUUAGACCAGCAGUUUUCAAAGUAUGGCCCAUGGGCCCAUGGACCCCUGGGUUCCUUGAGAGCCUUUCAGGGGGACUGCGAGAUCAAAAAUAUUUUUAUAAUAAUUUUGAAGACAUUGUCUGUUCAUUCUAUCUCAAAAAGAGUAUUGCAAAUCUAAAACAAUGCCAUCUUCUCACAAAUCUCUUUCUCUUUUUGAAACUAUGGCUAUUUUUCAUAAAAUGUUAUUUGUGUUAGCAUGUAAUGGGUUUAUUAUGUUUAAAUAAGUUAAUACUUUAAAAAUUUUCAGGAUUUUUUUUAGUAUGUUAAAUGUUGAUAGAUAUAAACCUUAUAAACAAAAGCACUUUGGCAUCCAGAUCCUCAAUAAAUCUUGAGAGUAUAAAGGGGUCCAGAGACCAAAAGUUUUAGAAGUGCAAGAUUAGACAUAGGAGCAGGAUAUUCUGUUACUAAGUAUGAUUUCUAGCAACCUUAUUUUAUAUUUUAAACUCCUGAUACUGGAUUUAAUGCUGCCUUUUAGAGACACCUGAAUUGCAGUAUCAGAAUAAAUGAUGUUUGAAGCUAAAAAGCCAAAUGCUUAAACUGACCAAUGACUAUAGCAUUUUAGACUGUUGGUUAAAGAACAUACUACUUCACAGUAAUAGCUCUAUCAGCCACAGAUCUCAUGGUGGCUUUUGCAUGAUAAUGAUAGGAUAAGCAAAAUACCACUGUCUUCAAGAAACAUUAACUUGGGUUUGUUUUGUUUGAGUUUGAUUUGGCUUUUAUAUUUUUUAAAAUACCUUUUGCUACCCUAUCUGGUUUUAUAAACUGAGUUUCUUAGCAUUCAUUAAAAUUAAGGGUUUUGUUUGAAAUAACAUAUAUUUUUUAUGCUUUUGCCUUUCUUACCUGAUUGAUACUACAUUCACCUUUGAUUGUUUUUUAAAAAGUUUAUUUUUACAGAAUAUAUUUAGUACCUUUCUUAAGGAGUAACUGAAUUGAAUCAACCAAUUUGCAUUUAAAUAAAAGAACAGGCUCAAUGAUCUUCCUGUGGAAUGGUUUACAUGCCUCCAUGUGCAGUAGUUGUGUCUGGAAUCCUAGAACUGGCACUUUCUGCCUCCCUGCUCUAAAUGUCACAAUAAAUUAUACUUCUUUAAAGUAAAUAUAAUGAUUUCUUCUUUUCUAUUGACCAGUACAGAUAAAGAUGUUGUCUUUGUUUCAUUACUAACGAUGACUUCAAGAUUGAUGAUCUGAUCCAGUAACUGUGGAGGUAGCUUUAACUUGGUUCUGUGUAAAUAGUAUGCAUUUUAUUAUAAUAUUUCACAUUUUAAGAUGCUUGGUUUACAUUAAAUUAUGGUAUUUAACUAUUUUUAUGUUUAUACUAGGUAGGGUCUUUCUUAUGUUUCUCUGUUUUUGGUAUGUUAAAUAAAGCUAUUUUUAAACCCAAGA